AUGUUCAAGUGUCAACUUCACCAGGACGUCACCAUUGUGAAGCUGAGCAUGGAGGCCACGCAGAGGCUGCAGCAGCUCUUCAAGGGUGGCCAGGUUGCCAUCUGCUGGGUCUUUAUUCCUUUUGUGAUUUACCUGGGAUUUCAGAGGGGUGCAGAUCCCGGAAUGCCUGAACCAACUGUUUUGAGCCUACUUUGGAGAUAAAGGACUAUUUGGUCUUCUGGAUUUGGAAGCAAUCAAUGGACAGGAACAAC